ACACAAACGAACUCAGCCCCGUGCCGCUCGCAAGUCGCCCCGUCUUUCAGGGUUUCGGAACCCGAACCGUGCACAGGCGUAAUCUUUGGGCUAAGAAUACCAAGGGGUUGAGUGCACUUGCCUCUGCGGCACUUACUUAUGUAUACGCCUUCCUGCCAUGUCGUGUUUGUAACGCUUUCCCGCCAACCUCGACUCCCAUCAUUGCUGUCAUGUCACAGCAAAACAUGAUUUCCGCGCACUACAUCGAGGAGCUGGUGGCACAAGGCGAGCCCGUCGUCAUCCACGAGGGGUAUGCCUUGAACAUUUCGGCAUGGAUCGAUAGCCAUCCUGGUGGCCGCCUGGCUAUCUUGCACAUGGUUGGCCGCGACGCCACAGACGAAAUCAACAUUUACCACUCGAACAAGGCCCUUCUGAUGAUGAAGAAGUAUCGCAUUGGCCGAGUAGAGGAACCCUGGACCAACCUUGAGCCUCCUAUUCGCGCCGCAAAGCCCGAGGCCAACUUGGAUUAUGAGGAGAAGAAGGCUGCUGAGGCCAAUGCCAGACGGUCAAGAAGAAGCAUCGACCUGAGCUCUGUCGCUGCCACAAUCAGCAAGAAGCUGAACCCUGCCGAUGGAGGCGCAAACACUUGCAGAUCCCGCACACCUGACCCAGAGAAGCAGCCUCUAAUUCGCUCCGAGGCCCCUCUACCGAUCGCGUUCGAUAAGAGAGCCCAUAGACUGCAGUACGCUGCCGAAUUAGAGGAGAGCGAAAUCGCAGAUGGUCUGAGAGACAACCCAUCUGUCGAUGUUGAGACACAAGGCCAGAUCCUGUUGGACUACCGCGAGCUCCACGAGCAGAUCAAGGCUGAGGGCUUGUACAAGUGCAACUACUCAGCGUACGGCUGGGAGUCCAUCCGAUACGCUGGGCUUUUCGCCGCCUUCGCGUACCUGCUCUACAGCAAGUGGUAUCUCACAUCGGCCAUGUUCCUGGGACUGUUCUGGCAACAAAUCAUGUUUACAGCGCAUGACGCCGGUCACCGCGGUAUCUCCGGCAAUUUCAUCAUCGAUACGCUCAUCGGUGCAUUCAUCGCUGACUUCUGCUGCGGCCUGUCAAUUGGCUGGUGGAAGUCCUCCCACAAUGUGCACCACCUCAUCACAAACAUGCCCGAGCAUGAUCCUGAUAUCCAGAACACGCCACUCUUUUCUACCUCGCCGACUUACAUCAAAGGCGUCAUCUCGACUUUCUACAAGGACUUCGAGUUCAAGUGGGACGCCGCGUGCGAGGUUCUCCUGCCCUACCAGAAGUACACGUACUACCCCGUUAUGGCGCUUGCACGUUUCAACCUGUACAUCCUGUCUUGGUGCCACCUGUGUUCGCCACGCGCUGCCCAGCUUGGUGCAGCUUGGUGGACGCGCCCUGUGGAAUUGGUCUUCAUGGCGUGCUACUGGUUCAUCUUCGGCUACCUGCUCGUCUGGUGCACACUGCCUACCUGGCCAAUCCGCAUCGGCUUCGUGCUUAUCAGUCACCUUAUUACCAUGAUUCUGCACGUACAAAUCACGCUGUCUCACUGGGGAAUGCCAACUUCCGACCUCGGUCCCACAGAGUCUUUCCCACAGAGGCAGAUGCGCACUACGAUGGAUGUUGACUGUCCGGCGUGGUUGGACUGGGUGCACGGCGGUCUUCAGUUCCAGGCUGUGCACCACCUGUUCCCGCGCGUUCCGAGGCACAAUCUGAGGAGAGGCCAGGAGCUGGUCAGGGAGUUCUCAAAGAAGACAGGAGUCAGAUACAACUGCUACGGCUUUGUGGAGGGAAACAAGAUCGUCCUCAGCAGGCUGGAAGAGGUCGCCAACAUGGUCAAGAUGAUGGUCGAUUGCCAGAAAGAUAUGGCGAGGACUGGAGAGAGCGGUUUACAUUAGAGGGAAGGCUACGAAAGUGCUUUGUCGCCUAUCCCCAGGGGAAUUUCACAUCAUGACCUUUAACUUCAAAAGCCCUGUGCAGCUUGAAUUCCGUGGCUAAUUGAUAGAGACUGACGACCAUGCUUUGCACAGCACAACUCACCAUUACCCUUCCACAAUGUACACAUCUCCAUCACAGCAACUAAACGUAGUCCAACCCCGAUCAUUCCUGAGCGAGCUCCCUCAUGCACAUCGGAGCCCAACCCGGCCCUAGCACCCACCGAAUCACAACCGACGCCCCGAUAAUUCGUAACACCUCCAUACACAAGUCCCUACACACGACAUGGUAAGAAUGACG